AUGACAGUGGAAGCAGGACAAUAUACACAGACGCAAUCUGUUCAAUCCAGUCAAAAGACUGGUAUCGACUACAAUCGUCCUCUGUUUCUUUCUCAAUCUGAUGUAAAUGGUACACAUAUUAUUUUGUUUCAACUGGCAAGGGUUGAAAAUUACUCAAUCUGGUAUAGAUCCAUGAGGGUAGCCUUGCUUGGAAGGAACAAAUUGGGAUUAGUUGAUGGUUCCUGCAAGAAAGAAGUAUUUCCAGAGGAGAUGGAGAAUCACUGGGAAAAAGUAAAUGCAGUGGUAUUGUCUUGGAUGAUGAACUCAGUGGAAAAAGAGUUGUUAGGAGGUAUAAUGUAUACUUCCAAUGCCCAAGAAGUAUGGGAUGAGCUGUUUGAAAGGUUCAAUAAGGUUGAUGGUUCAAGAACUUUCAAUUUACACAAGGAGAUUGCUACCUUGAGCCAAGGUAUUGCUACAGUUUCUACAUACUUUUCUAGGCUGGAAAAUUUGUGGGAAGAGUUUGAAGCACUUGUCCCAAGUCCUGGGUGUAACUGUGAAAAAUCGAAGAAUUUGUAA